AUGGCCGAUGGCUCAUCGUCAGUAACAACUACAAAUCAACGAUCAUCAACUAAUCCUUCAUUACCAGUUGAAUAUCAAAUUCGUCCACCUUAUCUUCCACCUUCACGAGAAUCUCCAUUAACUGGUCUCGCUGCACAUCCUUAUCGUCCACGUUCAAUUUGGUACGAACUUUGGAAAUCAAAAUUAGCUUUUAUACUUUUUUUUACUUCAACAACAUUUAUCUAUUUGGAUUAUCAACGUACACAACGUUAUAAAGUACAAAAAGCUUUAAACGCUGCUAGUGAAAAAAAACAAAUAAAAAAAUAA